CGAAAACACCUCUUUGAACGGUGGCCAACACUAACAGCUGUGAAAUGCAGAAAUUGUUUGUUGUGAAUCGUUAUAUCUGCAAUAAAAUUCGAACUAAUGAUUUAAUUAAAAACAAUUUACAAAAAAGAACGCUAUGCCUAAGUGCUGUAAGACAUGCGGAAAGUGAAGAAAAGAGUGCAACACCAGCUCCAACAAUACUAAUCGAAAAAGAUGCAAACAUAACAUUGAUUGGCAUCAACAGAGAGCAACAACGUAACUCGAUUGAUGGUGCAACAGCGGAGAAGCUCUCCGAGGCUAUAAAUCAGUUCGAGGCCGACGACAGUUCGCCGGUAGGAGUUUUAUAUGGCAUAGGUGGAUCCUUUUCUGCCGGCUACGAUGUGCAAGAGCUGGAAGCAGAGGCGCAACGUGGUAGUUUGAAUUUCUUACUACGCCACGAAGGAUCUGUGGGCCCUACAAGACGUCACACCAGGAAACCGCUGGUGUGCGGCAUCAGCGGCUACUGUGUUGCUGGUGGUCUGGAGUUAGCGCUGCUCUGCGAUUUACGUGUUAUGGAGGACACGGCUGUGCUAGGCUUCUUCAAUCGUCGCCUGGGAGUUCCGUUGAGCGAUGGUGGCACCGUCCGCUUAGCUGCGGCCGUUGGCUACUCCAAUGCCGUGGACAUCAUCCAGACGGGCCGGCGUGUUUAUGCAAAGGAGGCUCAACGCAUUGGGCUGGUUAAUCGCGUUGUGGCCACGGGCACAGCAUUGGGUCAGGCAGUUAAUUUGGCCUUCUCCAUUGCUAAGUUUCCCAUGGCAUCGCUAAUGCACGAUCGCAAUGCGCUGCUGGAUAACGCGAAUGCCUAUAAUCGACCCGGUUUCUAUGCGGCAGUUCAUAACGAGAUCAUGAACGUGUCCGCUGCAAUGGUCACGGAUAUGCAGGAGGGCGUCAAGCGCUUUAAGAGUUCUGAGACGAAAGGCGCCACAACUGACACCUAUCAGAUUAAGCAAAAGGCAAUCCCAGACUGGGAGAAAGCUGAAAUCGCAAUAGAGGAAAGCAAAAAAGACUUCGUAACUCAUGUUAAAUUCCAAUGAGUUGUGUGCAAUAACUUGUAAUAUAGUACUGUAUACAUGUAAAUAGGAAUGUAUUAUUUUGUUUUCCGUAUUUGAUAAUACAUAUACACACAUAAAUAUUUAUAAAAGCCAAGCAUAGUUAUUUUUUUCACAUACAAUAUGUUUGUUUAUUUAAUUGUUUUUUGCACGCUUAAAUCGUUUACGAUUCGAGUUUUUUUGAGUUUCGAGUUUAUUUCAAUAUUCACAACAAUUACAAUAACGAAUUUUCUUUGAAAUUAAGCCUAACUACAAAAAGUGAGUAAGAGGAAAAGCACAAAUUGUUCUUAUAUCUUUAGUGUAUGCGUGUGUGUGUGUGGGUCUUGAGGGUGUGUGUUUGUGUAUUUAACAUUCACAAUUAGAUUAUAAUAUAUAAAAAAUAUGCUAGUAUUAUGUACUCGUACAAACAUUCAAUUUCUUUUAAUGUUAGCCCAAGCAGUUUGUUUUUGGUUUUUGUUUAAAGCGAUUUGCCGAUAAUAAGUACAUAUGAAUGUAGUAUAUAAAUUAUGUUUUUUUUUUGUUGCUUUGCUUAUUAGCUAAAAUGUAUAACGAAAGGAAUCAUCAUUAUCAUUAUAUCAUCAUCGUAUUGCACUAAAGUCGAGAAAAACAAAUCGAA